CACGCGCGCACCAUCGGAAUCGGACUCCAACGACACAGCGCGCUUGGUACGCACCGACAAACUGAUAUACUGCAAUCAGGCAAAGUACAAUAUAGCUCGUUGCUUUGAAAAGACAUAAUGGAAGAGCCUAUCGACUCUGAUGCAGCCGCUGAGCACCGCCGAGAUGGAAACACUAUCGAUGCACGCCACGUCCUCGGCAAGAUUGAUCGCGCCUUAAUGCCACUCCUCUUCAUCACGUACAUGCUGAAUUUCAUGGACAAGACGAUUCUCUCAAGCGCCGCCGUGUUCGGUCUAAGAGAAGAUACGCACCUCCAAGGACAGCAGUAUAGCUGGGUCAGCAGCAUCUUUUACCUAGGCUACCUUGUCUGGGAGUAUCCCACUACUCUACUUAUUGCUCGUCUGCCCGUGGGAAAGUACCUUAGCGCCAACACGGCGUUCUGGGGCGUUACUGUGGCUGCCACUGCCGCAUGCACCAAUUUUGGCGGUCUCUUAGCCGUGCGGUUCCUCUUGGGCGUCGCAGAGGCCACCAUCACGCCGGGCUUCAUGUUCCUGACGUCCACGUGGUACACACGCGAUGAGAUGCCCACCCGCGUUGGCAUCUGGUUUGCUGGGAACGCUGUCGGGGGUUUAGUAUCUAGCCUUGUCGCGUUUGGCGUUGGGCAUAUCCAAGACGACAUCCACCCGUGGCGCUGGAUGUAUAUAAUUCUCGGCGUCACCACCUUUCUAUGGACAAUUCCAAUGUACUGCUUACUCCCGGAUACCAUCGCCAAAGCCAAGUUCCUUACGUCCGAGGAACAGCAAGUCGCUGCUCGUCGCAUAGUUAUAGCAGGUACGGGAAGCACUGAAAAUGCUCGCUUCUCUUGGGCGCAGGUCCGCGAGUGUCUUAUAGAUCCCAAGGCAUGGAUGCUCUGUUUUAUCGCCAUUCUCAGCCAAAUCCCCAACAGCGGCACGCAAAACUUUUCCAACAUCAUCAUAACGUCCUUCAACUUUACGAACCUGCAGUCGACGCUCAUCAAUAUUCCAUAUUCGCUGCUUUCCGCGGCCGCCAUUGCCGGCACGGGCUGGCUCGCCGGCCGAUACCGCACGCUUAACUGUAUUCUUAUUGCUGCCGUUCUGGUACCGUGUGUAGCCGGUGCCGCGGUGAUUUACUGUCGCAGCCAUAUACCGUCGCAUGGCGUACAGCUCUUUGCGUACUUUUUGCUCGCGCCAGGCCCGGCCGCGAUGCCGCUUACCAUGGCGCUCGUGCAGUCCAACUUUAAAGGCGUCACCAAGAAGAUGACGAUUACGGCGAUGGUCUUUAUUGCGUAUUGUACCGGCAAUGUUGCGGGACCGCAGUUCUUUCGUGCGGAUGAGGCACCGACCUACAGUACGGCAUUCAAGACUAUUAUUGUUUGCUAUUCGCUUGUGAUUGUGCUGGCUGGGGUGCUGCGCAUGUAUUUACAGUGGUUCAACGCGCUUAGAACAAAAAUGGAGGGCAUCCAAGGAAGCAGUCGAGCGGCAGGUGGCAAGCUGGGCGACGAUGAUAAUGCGACAGAUGCUUUGACAGGUGACCUCGCAUCAGAGGCAUUCCAAGAUGUUACAGAUUGGAAGACGGUUGGAUUUAGAUAUCGGUUAUAGUUCAUUGUACAUCUCAUUCAGUCGCACUAUGUUAGAGGAUACAUGGCAACAAAGUCUUGAAACCUGUCAUCGUAAAGAGAGAACCCGGGACUGAGCAACUGAUCAAGCCCGCUUGCAGAGGGAUCAAACCAAAAGGAAGUCAUCUCGUCCGCAAGCUCCGUUGAUGCUUCAGGCUCAAGGGUCAUGUCCAUCCCAGUAUCAUCCUCACCCUCACCAGCAGGUCGUGUUGGUCCGACAGAGGAUCGGCGCGUAACAGGUGCAGACUGCUUAAGAACAUCAUGUGCUCCUUGGAACAGGCGAUACAUGACGUUGGCACUCCAAUACGUUUGCCGCAGAUGUUCUAGCACAAUCAUGCAGAGCUGCAGCCUAUUGGAGCCGAGGCUAGAGAUGAGGGAGUUGGUGGACUUGCAGUCAAGCAGAUGGAUUUGCAUUGCCGGGAUCAACGCCAUGAUUCUAAACCCAUCAGCAUAUUUUUUAUGUAUUUGUUUCACAUAGACUUACAUCAUUGGACGGAGAUAGCGAAUUCCGUCUAGUUCAAUUAAUCUCUGGAGAAUGGCAUUGGUGCUGGCGGCGGCUUCGUGGGCUCGUUCAGCGGCAAUUUUGGGCCAGUUUGGAUCUUCAUUGGAUGUGAUUGAGUUGAGGACAAAUGGGCGAUAGAGGAUGGCAACAGAUGCUCUGUUCAAAUAUCAGUGUGCGCUUUACUGGCGGAGAAGGGGGUAUACUGACUGGAAGGAGAGUUGAAGCUGAGAGUAGUGAAUCUUCAACUCGUCGCUGGUGAGCGUGCUAUAAUCCAAGGCCAUUACCGCUCCGUCUCGAAGAAGCCGGUCAUAUCUGUCUACUUGGGAUCGGGUAGGAGCCGGCCCGGUGACUUUGUAAUGCAGCCGCUGAAUGCCGCCUAGAUUGUCGCUGAUAGUAACAAGCGUGCACCACAUAUCGCAAAGCGCGUCAAUAUCACGGGGCAGAUACGCCCCCAGCAGGGAGCUGGGCAGCUGGCGCAGCUCAUCCGAAACGUAUGUUGCCAAUGGUUUUGAAGCGUCGCAGUCUUCCGUGUGAAUUCGCAUCGGACGUCCUUUGGCCAGCGACACCCAGCAAUCCCGGACUACGACCGCCCACCACAUGCGACUUACAAGGGCGGCGCUUAUCUCGGGCGGGUGGUGAGACCGAGUGGCCGUCGGAGACCGGUGGAAGCCCAUGGACUGGAGCAUGGACACGGCGAUGCCAAUCCAGUACCACGAGCCGGUGUGAUCCUGUGCGUCGCUGUACCAGAAAGCCAGUAGUGUUACGGAUUGGGCCAGCGUAACUUUGUCUGUUCCUCUGUCAAGGUCGUAGAGACACUGUAGAGAUAAAGUGAGCAACUGAAGGCCUUUUUCUCAGAAAAAAAGGAGAAGGGGAGCUUGCAAACCAACCUUUGCGCGCUCGUACAUGGCUGUCUUGAGAGCUUUGCGGGUAGUGAAGCCAG